GAAAUUUAUUAUCGAUUAUCCGUUGCCAACUUCAAGGAGUAAAAUUUCGCAACAUACAGCUGUGCAAACAAAAAGAUAAACGGAAAAAACGCUAACCUCAAAAAUAGACCGCAAAAAUUGGCAAAAAUCAUUAAAAAAGAAGGAAUUAACAUAUCAGGAGUGCUUUUUAUGAAAUAAAAAAAAUGGGCCCAAUAAAUAGAGGACCUGGACCACUAUUGGGAAUGAGAAUGUCAUUGCCCGGCAUGCGACCACCACCGCCGUUGCUCUCGAGAUUUGGUCCAAGAUUACCACCACCAGGAAUGCCACCGAUGAGAAUGCCACCGCCAGCGGGUGGAAUGUAUCCACCAAUGCGCCAACGUAUGCCUCCACCACCUCCCCAUCAUCAUCAUCAUCAUCCUCCUUUGAUGCAACAAAGAAUACCACCACCGAUGCAACCACGAAUGCCACCACCGAUGCAACAACGAAUGCCACCGCCGAUGCAACAACGAAUGCCACCCCCGAUGCAACAACGAAUGCCACCACCAAUGCAGCAACGGAUGCCACCUCCAAUUCGUCAGCGACUGCCACCUCCAAGGCCAGGUAUGAGACCGGGUGGACCAAUGCCAAUGUUUGGUCCCAGAAUCGGUUGCGGUCCACCACUUCCACCGCCGAUGAUGGGUCCAAGGGGUCCACGUGGUCCACCCUUGAGACCUGGUCCUCGUGGUAUGCUUCCUCAUAUGUUUAUGCGACCGAGGUUCCUUCAAGGGAAUAACACUCUCAAGAACAAGGGCAUUAUUGUCAAAAAAGUCAACAAGCUCGAGGAACUUGAAUUAAAGAAACCUUGGAUGACUGACGCAAUAAGAACUGAAAUUCAAAAGAAAAAUAAACUCUAUACGAAAGCAAGAAAAAGUAAAGACGCCAAGGAAUGGGAGAAUUUCAAAGAUUUAAGGAAUAAAGUAACUCGAAUGAUACGGGACGCAAAGAAUGAAUAUUUGGAGAAGCAUCCUGAGAAUAAGGCAUUGAUUGAAAAACCAGACGAACACGAAAUAGACGUAACCCAGGAGAUGAUGGACGAAGAGGAAAGUUUCAUGUUGAAAACCGAUGAUGAUGACAUUUUAAUCGAAGAAUCAGAAAAUAAUGGAACUCUUCAAGAAUCAAUGAAUAAGCAGGAUCACAUUAAUUGUCAAGAAACAAUGCAACUUGUAGCAGCACAAAAUUAGGUAACAAAACAGAAAUACAAAAUAUUUUAGAACAUUAACUUUAGUUUCAGAAAAAGAAGAAUAAUUUUUGGUCGAUUAGUUUUUCAUCGAUUCAUUAAAUCCGAUCUCACAAGAAACUAAUAUUUAUAAAAAGAAAAAGUCUUAUUUGUUUAACACUCGAAGGAAAUAGUACUAAUUUAAUAUCUUAAAAAAAAGUAUUUUGUAUCCAACCAUCAUUCAGAAAUGUAAAGCGUUUAUUUUUCCCAUUUAUUUUUUUUUGUUUGUUCGCCAAAAAAAACCGAAUCAAUACUCAAUUUUUUCAAACUAUUGUACGUUCAGUUUAGCGAAUAUAUUUUUAUCAAUUCCUUUUAAUUCACAUUUGUAAAAAAAAGUAAUGUAAUACUUUUUUUCUAGUUUUAACUGUUUAAAAAAAAAAUAUUUCGUUUAUUUGAACAUUCCAAACUUUCAACAUAUCCGUUAAUUAAAGUUUAUUUUAGAUGAAUUCUAUAACUAUUUUUUAAAAAUAAAAACAAAUCGCAUGAUUAAACAGUUCAUUAUCUGUAAAUAGGUUUUCUUAAUCUAGAAAAUAAGAAUGCAGUGCGUCAAAAAAGUUGUGAAAGUGACAUAAGUUAAAAAAAAACCCAGAAAGAAUGAAAUGUAAUUUAUUAGUCAAAGAGUCUAUUUCUAAUAAUCUUUAUAAUGAUAUUUAUGUUGGCAAAGUAAAUACAAUGUCUAUAAAUGAACAGAGUUCUCUUAAUUCGUCGUUCCUGUAAAUUUACAGAAAAAUGAAUAAUAAAAAUUAUUGAAAUAGCUUUCUA